GCCUCACAGUAUCAUUUAUCACUUUUCCUCAUUACAGCUAAGUUCUUCAUAAAAUGCAGGAGUUCUUGACGUGGUUUUUACGUAUUUAGCCAUGCAUCAUUAACUAAAGAUAAUUGGCGAAACAUGAGAUUUUAGCGUUUAUAUAAUAUAAACUGUCAGAUCUCUUUCUGUAGUAUCAAUCUAUCCGUAUAGCUGGAAAGAUGUGGUCUAUCAUACUCCUAAGCUCUGUGUUUGUCUUGUCUUCAGCGCAGAAAACAAAUAAUAUAACUCACAAGAUCCAGGUUUUAAAAGAAUAUGAAAACGAGUACAACUCCAUCAUAGACAACAUAGCUUCUUACAUAUCCGACAAAUUGAUCGAUAGCUGUAAGAACACAACUGCGAGUUUAGAGGAAAAGGAAGAGACUUGUGAUGAAAACUGUGUACGGACUAUCCGCAGAUGUCUACAGAGCGCUGGAAACAUGUCAGUAGACGAUCUGCCAGACGAAAUAAAAAGCGAGGUAGCUCGGUUGGUGUUGUUCAAAGUUGUGUACGUCGUGAGCAAACUGGGUCCCGAGAAUGGGAGUAACGAAACAGUAGCGGAUGAAAAGGAGUUGAUGGAUGCUGCCGCCCGUGGAAUCGACGAAGACAUCCGUAAAUCCGUCAACGCCACUCUCACUAAAAAAGGUUUUCUGGAUGAUUUGGACAGUAUUUUUAUCGAUAAAACCGAUAAAAAAAACGACAAAACCCAGAUGGUUCGUGUUUACUUUUGUUUCUGUAAGUUACAGGAUAUCUAGAUUCGUAUAUAAAGCUGGUUAUCCGAUGUUGAAGAAGUUGCUUAAGGGAGGUGUGGGGCACGCGAAGAAACAGCUGAGUAAAAAGAAUAUAAAAGAGACUCUCGACAGCAAUGCCAGGGGAUAUGGUCAAGAUAAAUUAACAAGCAGGGAUGAUGAAGAAGUAGACAUGUCAGAAGAGAUUAAAGGACUGCUUCUUGACAUACUAAAAGAUCUCACAGGUGUUGGAAUUCUUUUUGACCUUCUUGAUUUAUCACGUAAUCUUAUCGAUCAAUAAGAAUAGUCUGUGCUCUAUGUAGAAUUGGUGACUGAGAAUACAAUUUUUUGGAAAAAAUUUGAUUUUUUUACUCUAACACCUACAUU